AACGAAUCAAUUACUCCGUUUAAUCCAAUCAAACGUUAGAAAAUCAAAUUACGGCUGGUUAUUGGUUAGCGCGCCGGUCACGUGUAGAAUUUUCAAUCCAUUCGCUCUGAUAUAAAUAGAAGAGUCCGUAACUGCGUCAUUGAGACGGUAGCAAGAGAAACAUGCCUCCACAACCUAGCGGAAAAGCGGUUAAGAAAGCGGGCAAGUCGCAGAAGAACGUUAGGGCCGGCGAUAAAAAGAAGAAAAAGAAAAGGAGGAAGGAAAGCUUUGGUAUAUACAUUUACAAGGUGUUAAAGCAAGUGCAUCCUGAUACUGGAAUCUCCAGUAAGGCCAUGUCCAUCAUGAACAGUUUCGUUAAUGAUAUAUUCGAGAGAAUUGCUGCUGAAGCAUCACGUUUGGCUCACUACAAUAAAAGGUCUACAAUUACCAGUAGAGAGAUCCAAACUGCGGUCAGAUUACUGUUACCUGGUGAAUUGGCUAAGCAUGCAGUCUCCGAAGGAACCAAAGCUGUUACUAAAUACACUAGUUCUAAGUAAACUGUGUUUGUUUUUUAAUUUAUGCACCCCUUAAAUUCCAUUUAGACCGGUUCAACAACCUCCUUGUUGAAGAAAUAAUGAAUUUAAUAUUAUUUAUGCUUGUACAAAAAUUGUUGACUAUAUUAUAAUGUAUUAUAAAGUAUGUUCAGAAUAAAUGGGUUUUAUCUUGUUGAA